UCUUCACUUUCCUUUAUUUUUAUUUUAUUUUAUUUUUGUUCAUUUUUCUUUUAGGUGUUUGGGUGGAUUUUACACUUGGUUUGAUGUUUCAGGUGGUUUUGGAACACAAUUUGGAGCCUUGGAGGUGAUUUGGAAGUUUAGAGAUUUUGCUAAAUUUUUGAUGGACUUUUGCUGCAGCAUUUCUGUGAAGCACAAAAGGAAAUUUUCGUUCAUGUGGAGAACUUCCGCCUGCUGCAGCAUUUUUCUAGCAAAAAUUUAGCAAAAGUCAUACAUGUUCAAAGAGCACUCAGCAAGAUUUUUGCUGAACUUUUGUGGAAAUUUUGCUACAGCAGGCGUAAUAUCACUCACAUUACGAGAUGAAAGAUAUUUUCGAGCUUACUAUUGUGAGAUUGAGCCAUGGCAACCACCAAAUCAAAAUCUCGUAAGCGUAAAGCUCCGGCCAACACCUUGCCCAAUCCGCCACCACAACAACCAACCCACCCAAACCCACCAACCCUUGCCUUGCCUUCCUCCACCACACACUCUCCACCCCGUACUCGUCCCCGUAAGGCCUCCUCCCCUAAACCCAAAGCUCCACCCGCCAAAGCCGCUCCCUCAACCUCCAAGGGCCAACCCAAGCCUAAGCGCACCACUUCCACAUGUCCACCACCUAAACAGAACCCCACUACUCGUCCUAGAGCCAAAGCCGACCCCAUCCGUCAUCAAGAGCGGUUUGAGAUAUUACGAACCCGCAGCCAGUUGGCCGAGCGCGGCUUUCUCCCUGCCCCGGAAGCUUUACCUGCAUAUAUUACCAAUUUGAUUGCGGAGCACAAGUGGGAGAAAUUUUGUGCAGUUCCUAAGCCCGCUGUGGCCUCGGUUGCCCCUGCAUUUUAUGCUGCUCUUGAUCCAAAAUAUCCUGAUGUCGUUAGAGUGAGGGGUCAGAGUGUCCCCUUUUCUCCUGAUGUGAUUAACGACUUAUAUGGAUUGAGAGCUCCGCUUGAGGAUGAGUUUGCUCUUUGGAGGAUUAACCCAGCGUCUAUUCCAUAUGACGCCGUGCUUCGUGCUGUUGCUCACCCGGGUUCUGAAUGGUCUAUCUCGUCUUCCGGCCACCGCACCUUGUUACACUCAUCUCUACGGCCUGAAGCGAGUGUUUGGCUUGCUUUUAUUAAGUGCUCUUUGAUGCCCACAACACAUGACACCACAGUGAGCCAAACACGCCUCUGUUUAUUGUAUUGCAUCCUGGCAGGCAAGAAAAUAAAUGUGGGCAAGAUCAUUUAUGAGGAAAUUUGGAAGUGUUUUCAGAAAAAAGGCGGCAAGUUAUUUUUCCCCGCUCUCAUCACUCAGAUUUGCCUAGCGGGUAAUGCCGCUAUUGGGGACGAUGAAGAACUUCUGAGAGAGCGGAUCAGCAUUGAUUUGGUCUCGAUUCAGCGUGUUGCCACUCAUUGCACACCCUCGACUGCUCCUCCCAAACGUCACCAACCAUCUAGCAGUCAGACGACUUCCGCCAAUCUUCCUCGCACUCAGCACGAACAAAUCAUGGAUCGCCUAGCACACCUUGAGGAGAAGCAACUUACCUACUUUCGCUAUGUUCAGGCACGUGACACUGCAUUAGCAAAAUCUCUAAAGCGAAUGGCGCCAAGGCCGAUAGUUGACUUCCCAGUGUUCCCACAAGAAGUGUUUGCUCGAUGGACUGAUCCAGAAGCUCCGGAAGACUCUAGCGCUUCAGAGGAUGACCCCGAGGGAUAGACAGAGGGAGUACUUUUUCUUUCAGCUUCAGUAUUUAUUUUUCACUUGUCUUUUCU